GGUGACCAGGUUUCAGUCCAACCUGGACAACGAGGGGGUGUUCUUCACCGACUCCAACGGAAAGCUGACCGUCCGCCGUGUCGCCAACUCCACCGGUGUUUGGAAACCAGUAGGCCCGUCGCCGACAAAGGGAUACCCUGAGAACGUCGAGGCCAACUACUAUCCGGUCGUGUCCUGGAUCUACCUGAGGGACAACGCGACGGGUCUUCAGAUGACGCUGCUUCCAGACAGGCCGCAAGGCGGUACUGGCUACCGCACGGGGCAACUCGAGCUCAUGGUGCAGCGCAGGCUAACGGCGAGCGACAACAAAGGUCUUGAGGACCCGCUGGACGACCGAGGCCUGAACAAGAAGGGCGUGGUAAUCCGCGGCAGGCACCUGCUGCACCUGGCGCCCAUCCAGGAGGCUGCAGUACGCGUGCGCGCGAUGGCGAACGCGCUCGUGCUCGCGCCCGUGCUCAGCUUCUCGGAUGCCACCGUGCCAUACAGCAGCGACGUCAAGACCCGACGGUUCAAGGGCCUUGCCACGUACCUCCCGAUGGGCGUGCAACUGCUCACUCUGUACCAGGACGCGCCCGGCCGAGUGCUCAUGCGGCUGGAGCACAUGCAGCCGGCCGUUCCUCCGGACGAGCUCACCGCGGUCAACGCCACCAUACCCAUACAUGCGUUGUUGUCGACCUACACCAUGAAGAACUUCCGCGAAGUGUCCCUGACCGCCAGCCGCUGGAAGAACUCCAAGUUCGAGCCUCUUCGCUGGACUCCCAGCAGCCGGUCCCCUCUCCCCGGGAGCGAGCCCCGGCUGGACAGGUCGGACGCCAAGGGCGCCCUCGCCGCGGUCCAACUCUUCACGGGAGAGAUCAGGACCUUCGUGGCGGACUUGUAGCGAGAUCGGAAAAGGACCUCGGGAGACCGACUCCGGAAUGCCUUCGGGGCAACUCUUAGACCUGCAGCUUUCCCGGUCUACCUAGAUU